CUCUAAAUUGACGCGUGUCACGACUGUCACGAGGUGUUGUUUUGAUUUUGAAAAUUCAACCCUUUUGCUUUGCUCAACCGGAAUCUGGAAUCUCCCUCUCAUCUGAUCUCAAAUUCAAACUGUUGCUCGUCGAGUCGUCGCUUCUGUCGUCCUGCAUUUCCAGAUUUGCCCUGCCCAACUACUGUAAAAAGAUUUAAUUGAAAAAGUCACGAAGGAUGAGACUUGUAUCUCCAUCAACUCCAGUAAUUCAUCUUCAGUAAGAAUUCGUAUAUGCGAUUCCAGUUCGAUUUUGAUUGAUCAAUAACAAACUGUAGUUGGGUCUAUAAUGAGACAUCUGUUGACCGAUUUAAAACCAAAUCAAGUAUGAAAACUAACAUCGCUGAGCUCUCAAGGCAGUGAGCUUGACAUCGAAAGAAACCAAGAAUCGUUGAAUUAUAAGCCAGACGACGAACGUGAUUCAAAGAUGAAUCCCACCGUAAAUAUUCCAAAAAGUAUUGUUGAACAAAGCGAAACGCCGAAAAUAGUUGGUGUACUAUACUGUCCCAUGAAAAUGUAUAUUUACUCAUGUUCGUUAUGUGAAAAAAGACUGCAUGGAAUAUCGAUGUACAAAAAUCAUAUGAAGAAUGUACAUCGAGAUUCAUCUCAUUUCAACCGUGUGAUCCGUACCGGACGUGGGCCCCCGAAAAAAACUUACACGUGCGUCAAGUGCAAAAAACAACUGCUCGGUUCAGUCGAAUAUAAGAAACACUUGGCAGGUCAUGACUGUAAGAGCUUUCAAGAAGCUGUCAAGUGCCCCGUAUGCGAGUUGAUACUUCAGAAGAGCAACCUUAAAGAACAUUUGAGACAGAUUCAUCAAACUUCUCUCGGUAAGCUGCGCCCUUUCCAGUGCAAGAAAUGUACUCGACUUUUCUUACGGUUCGGAAAUCUACUCAUUCACGAGAGGAACGACCACAAAGAACGAAAACAGUUUGCACCGCAAAUUUCUGGCGUAAAUUCCAAGAAAGAAGAGCAAACUGCUUGUUCAAAGUGUGGAAAAGUAUUUUCUUCCGUCAACUGGUUACGAAAACACGAAUUCUCCGCAAAAUGUCAAGCUACUGACUCGACCGCUGUCCAAAAUAGUCCAAAAUGUCAAGCUAAUAACUCGAACGCUGUACUAAAUCGCCCAGAGUGCCAAGCUAGUAACUCCAACGUUGUCCGAAAACGCUCGAAAAAUGGAGCCUUCAAAUGUUCCUACUGCGAUUCGAGAUUCACUGCUAAAUUUAACGUGUAUAGGCACGAAAGAAAAGCCCAUGGUAAACAUAUUUCGUUGAAAAAACGUAAACGAAGAAAACGUGAAGUUUCAACAGAUUUGGAAUCAACCAAAAAGUAUACCGAAGGUGUGAACCAAUCGAAUUCUGUACCUAAGCAUCAUACUCCUGGUGGCGUGAAAAUGAUCUACGCUGAUGAUUUGUUCUGUUCAUAUUGCCCGAACUUUUUUGCAAAUGUGUAUUCAAAACAAUUACACGAGAAAAUCCACACCGGUGAAUGGUCAUAUAAGUGCAAAGAUUGUGAAAUGGUAUUCCGUUUACCGCGUACGUGUUCUGAUCACGAAAUGAAAUGUGGUGAUAUGCAUGACAUGAUUUGGUGCCACUUUUGCGAUUACUGCACCAAAGUGCGAACCAAUUUAGAACUGCACUAUCAAAAUACGCACGAAUUUGAUUUGAACGAAUACGAAUCUUUCCUUCAGAAAGAAAAUCAUUCUUCAGAUGCCCUUCAAAAUGAUGCUGCUGGAAAACAAUCGCCGGUCUUUAUUAAGGAAGAACCUGAUGAGAGAAUGGACGACGAUGAUGAAGCUCUUUGGUCAGAAUUCAUCGUAAUUGACGAUUAAAAGUUGACGCUUAUGUGCUGUGAAUUUUUUUGAGGAUUACCAUGUUUUUUACUAUUUCGUCCACUAGUUUUUAGGUAUUUAACUUAUUUUUAUUCCACUCAAGUAUUUUCAUUACUCGUAAUAUGUUGUUACACUGAAACGUCGAAAAAGAUAUUCGAUAUUAUUUUGCAUUUGCUCAAAUUAAGUUAUUGUUUUUUAAUUUAAUUUAUAUGUUUGUGAUUUUUCAUCUUCUAUUUUGACCAUUUUUGCGACCAUUAAUGUUGGCUGUAAUCUAUAUUAAUUUAUUAUUAAUUAAUUUGUCAUGCUUUUGAAAAAAAAUAUGUUUGAAUUUUGAA